UAAGAACUAGAAAGUGAUCAAAAUCACAAAAUGAACUCGAGAUUGGCCAGUGUUUGUGAAUAUUGCAAGCGUUGCUUGUCUCUUCUUGCAGGUGACAUUUCAAGGUUGACACUUUGUCAGUGAUGAUCGGUCUUAUGGCAAACUGUUUUUCAUGGUUGAAGAGAAGAAGGGAGCCAUGGAAGUAAGUUGACACUUCUGUAUAUAAGCUUAAAAUGUGUGCUUUUUUCUCACUAGUAACUAUGAUGUCGAAAUAUUUGGGUAAGCGUAUCUUUUUUCUCUCAGGUUUAAUAUUAAAUUACUGCCCCAUGUUAUUUUACAGGAAGGUUACUAUUUUGAUGGUUGGUUUGGAUAACGCGGGGAAAACGUCAACAGUUGCCGAUUUAACGGGAGGUUCGUUUUCAAUUACAUUUUUUUUCUUACUGAUAAGCUUACAUUGCUUUUGAUGGUGAGAAAGUUAAGCUUUCUCUGUAGAUGAGGCAGCUCAUACCGAAUAAUACUGACACUUCUUAAAUACACAAAUAAAUCUUAGAAGGAGAUACACUAUUCCCGGCACGAUAGCCAUCUUCCGCCGAAAACGUUCUUCCGAGAACGGAUGGUAACCUCUUAAUAAUGGUGUCCCUUUUAAUUAGAUUUAAGGUAAAUUUGAAAAAUAAGCUUAAGGUCAUAUUUAAGUUACGGAUCGCGGGGUGCUAUCUUAAUUUAAUAGACCAAAGCAAAUGUUUGUAUUCUUGUCUGAUCAAGGAACUGGAAAAACAAAAGUGGUUUAAUAUGGUCAUCUUUUGGUUCUUGGGGAGAAGUAGUAAAUAAACUACAUGGAUGAAAACGUUGUGUAUUUCAGUAACUGUAGUAUUGCCUUUUAUUUGUGUGCCUUGGGUUACCAGACUCCUCACAGCUGAGCAGCUGUUGUCAAGAAUGUGUUAAAUUUGCAAGCAGACUUCUACAACUGGAGUGAUUUGUUCACAAACCUUCAAGUGAUGAUGAUGAAAAUUAAAAAUUAUUACUCAAUCCCAAAUGGGCUCUGAGUCAAUGGCCCAUGAGGCUGAAGGCCGAAUGGGCUAUUGAUUCAGAGGCCAUGAGGGUGAGAGGAAUAAUUGUUUCAGUAAAAUCCAACUAGUUGGUCAAAAAUAUCGAGACAAACCAACUUUAGCUAGCAAAACGCAAUUCAGCCACUAUUGUUUUGGUUUUCAAAGCAGGCGCUUUUCACUGCUAGUGGGCUAUGUAACAUAUAUCCUAGUAGUAGCUCAACCAAUCAGAAUCAGCAUUGAUAAUAGACCACUAGUUGGAUUUUACUAAUAAGUACUAGUAACAGUGCUGAGUGGAGUCCAUAUAGCAGGAGUCCGAUUUGUUUAAUCACGAGUAUGAUUACAGACCAAACUGGACGACACAACAUUCUGUUACCAAUUAAUCAUGACUUUAACAAAAUUUGUGAUAUAUAAGGCUCUUUUUAAAAUCAAAACACAAGAAAUUCCAAGAUUUUUUUGCUAGCAAUGAAAAAAAAGCCAUUUAAGCACGCACAUGAUGUCGUGUACUGUCCAGUUACUUAGGCAUGACGCGUACUGUCCUAUUAAGGCUGAAAUCAGAGCAGUUGAUAACCAAUCAGAUUUGAGAAUUUUGUGAUAGUUAUGAUAAUAGUAAUAACAAUAAUGAUAAUGUUACAAUAAAGGUUUCUUAAAAUAAUGUUACCAUAAAGGAAGGGAGAAACAGAGAUUUUAAUGGCCAAAAGCCAUUUCAUCAAAUAUCUUUAAGCAGCAUCCUGAGCUUACUGGCACUGCAUUUUCAGUGAAGAGGUUACGCUCAAAAUUAAAACAACUUCAGGUUGAUUCCCAAUAAAAUAUUAUUAUUUCCCCUGUUUCCAAUUCCUAAUUUAUAAUUAUAAGGGCUGGAAGACAAAAGAAAUUUGAUCAUAUACAUGUGCGAACUGGCGUGUAAUAAGUAGUAAAAUUGUUUUUAAUUAUUAAAUUGAGACGCGAUGUAUAAAGGCUACAAAUUUUUAACUUAACGACCUGUAACCUAUUCUCCCCAUAUUACGUUAAACAUGCCCAACAGUGUUUUUUUAGGGACUACAUGUACCCCCGUCCUCUAGACUGCCAGGGAAUGCUUUAUUUGCUUGAGCAAAGUGAUGGGUAACAAUGGAAGUAUUACAUGGGUUUUUAUGGAAACCCUGUCAUAAUUAAUUUCUUUUUUUAUUUCACAGAAACUACAGAUGGAAUAACCCCAACAAUUGGAUUUUCGAAUUCUUCCUUCUCUCUGCAUAGAUUUCAUGUUUCUCUCUUUGAUGUUGGUGGUGGAGCGAGAAUAAGGGCCAUAUGGAAAAAUUAUUAUGCAGAGGUUAGAAAUUAUGAAAAUAAUUCUUAGCUUCUCUAGUGUAGAGGUGGAUCAAGAUCAGGCAGUGUCACACAAAAUACCCCAGUGGCCCUUUUUAGAUUUUACCAAGACACAUCUAGAGUGGGGGAAGGGCUGGCAGUGAAAAGACUUAACAUCAGCACAUGAAUGGCAACAUGAGUGAAAUGAUUUGACCUUAGUGAAAGCACUGUAAAAUUGCUGAAUUCCUGCAAAUGCUCUAAGACAAUUCCACUAAUAUGAUUAAUAAAGGAGAAUGCAGGUCAGCAUUGUCUUCUGUUUAAUCUCUCCUCAGACAUCUCUUUAAUACCUCAGUUUGAAUAACAAUGCAGCUGAGGUCUGAUUGUUUGUGUAUUUUUUCCUUUUUUCAGUCAUAUGGGAUAGUAUUUGUUGUAGAUGCUAGUGAUGAAGACAGGCUUGAAGAAUGUAAGAAAAUACUUCAUGAAACCGAAAUGCAGCCUCGAGUGGCAGGGAAACCUCUUCUUAUGUAAGUUACUUAAAAUACAAGAAAUAUUGCAUUUAGCUAGGUUGUUACUUAAAUUUAUUCUUAGCUUCUUAUUAGUCAAAAUCAGAAACUCAUAAGGCAACAAUAUCCUGCUCAGUGUUUCAGUAAGAUUCCUGGUUUCAACCUUUCAAAGCUUUCUCGCCUUUCGGGAGUUUUUUUCCCUGUUUGUCAGCCAUUUUUUUAAGCGGGCACGGGAACCUGAAGUAAAACUAUGUCACGUUGUUUACGAAGUUUGAUUGGUCAGUUAUCUCUUCUUCUCGUUCCAAAUAUGGUACUUUUGAAAAUGAAUAAUCACGAGCAUCAGACAAAGCAAACAUAUGAGAGUUACACGUUUCAACCCCUUAUGAGUUUCUGUCAAAAUUUAAAUCUUGUCUCAUAUUACACACUUGCUGUUGAAUUCUAGAUUUAAGAAAGGGAUAUUGCUAGAGGAAAUUUAAAUAUUAAUAUUAAUAUUAAUAUGUGACAUGGAAUUUCACUGUCAAAUUAUUUUGUAAAUGGAUCAGACACUUAUUUUUGGACUAUGAACCUACAACCUCCAAAUAUUUCUUUUGCAUAGACUUGGCAAUAAACAGGACUGUGAUGGAGCACUGAAUGAAAAUGAUUUACAACGACGACUUGAGUUAGAUACACUUGUGGACAGAUACAAGUGCCCCUGCGAAGUUGUAAGUUUUUAUCUACAGUACACAAAACUUUGUGUUGUGUGAUGUGCAAAAUUGUAAGAGUUCUGUAGUUAAAGGUUGGUUUCUUUUUCUUUUUUAGUUUUGUUGUACAGCAGUGCUUGGUAAAGGAAAUAAAGUAGACAGGCAAAUUAAGAAAGGUUAGUAGAUAUAGGUAACCUUUUAAGCUGUUAGAGUUUUAUCAUUACAAAAUAAUUUUUUUUCUUUUUUAUAUUAAUGCUUCAUAAAGCAGAGUAAGGAUUAAGGAAAUGAUCAAACAAGAUAAAUUUUUCAUGUGGUAUUUUAAUAACUUUCCCCUCCUUUUCUGUAACGUUCAGGGGCAACAGGAAGAGUUCAAAAUGAUUAAAUGGUAUUAGGGCUUAAAGGGUUCAUAUGGAUCAAAUAGUCAUAUAGCAGGUUGGCAGGCUUAAUUGGUAGAGGGCUGGCUUCAGAACAGGUUCCAAAUGCAUACCCAAGGUCUUUAAAUAACUGAGAAAGAAGGUAUUGCCUUUACCCUGCAAAAUAAAAAGUUUUGUCAUUUAUGUGAAAAUAUAGGAAUGGUAGACCUGUAUCAAGCAGGUGAAAAUUAAUGUUAAAAACAGCAUCUUCAGUUUCCAGAAGUAGUCAUAGUACAGUAAGUUUCUUCUUAUAAGCCCUGGGUUCAUAUAAAAGGGGUUAAAUGAGGAACGCCUACUGUAGAAAUGGACUGAAAAAAGUGUUUGAAAACAAUCUGCUUAGCAGUGCUGAUCAAAAUACUUUUUGAGUUUACUCAUUUUUUAGCUUUAUAGCGAAAUUCGUUUUAUCGCGCUGUGCAUUUUGCAUAUUUUGGGUUUUUCUGUUCCGUCAAUCAUCUUAGCGGACCUCUUAGUAAACACAUAUUUACUUGCAUGAGUUCAAAACGUCAUGGUUUGUGAUUCGUGAUUGGUGGAUUUCGAUCCGUUUUGUUUGUUUCAUGUUCAAGGUUCGUUGCUUUGUGAUCAUCCUGUUUUGGGCAAUUAUUGACUAGUUAAGUUUGCUUUGCAGAUUUUUAUGAUCUUUCUCAUUCUUCUCACUUGCAAGAAUAAAGCAACGUCUGCCUCCUUCCGUCGGCAAAAAAUCCACUCACCAUUGUGAUUUCCUUCGCUUCUCUUGAGCAGUCUAGAGUCAUUGUCAGCCAAGCUGGAUGUGCAUGUUACAUUGUGAUUUGCAUUAACCCCGCCUUCACUAAAAUGAUUCAUGGAACAGAAAAACCCAAAAUCCCUUUGAAGUUUGCAAAACACGCAGCACGAUACAACGAAUUUUGCUGUAAAACAUCAAGAAAAGUAGAAUUUAUUUCAGUACAAGGUAGAAGGGGGCUUGUUCAACCCAGAGGGGCUUAUAACCAGGUGUAUUUUUCUUUUUGUUUGCUUUCAAAUGGCAGCUCAAUUUUCACUGCUAUUACAUGUAUCUCACAUGUGCCUUCACUUCUAAAAAUUAAAAGAAAGUUUCAAAAGGACUAUUAACAGGAGACCAUAUGUGAA